AUGAAUUUACAGGAGACUUUUGAUAAUUCUAUAAAUUUAAAUAGGGAAAGUGUAAAUGGAAUAGAAUUACACAAUAUAAAUAUUCCAAUACUAGGAGCAAAAACUCCUGAUCUUAAUGAUACUGCUAAUCCUAAUAAGUGUUAUAUAUUAGCUAUGGGAGGAGGAUUUAGUAGAGGAGCAUGGCAAGCAGGCGCAGUCCAUGGAUUAGCUAGAUAUUAUCACGAUAAUAAAAAACCACUAAGAUGGGAUAUAAUUACUGGAGUUGGUGUAGGAGCAAUAAAUGGGAUGUUCUCUCAGUAUUCAGAUGCAGGAGAUGAGUUAGAAUGGACAUAUGAAAUAGCAUCUUUAUGGCCUAAAAUAUCUAAAGAUGUAGUUGCAAAAUGUGACUAUCCUUUUUCAAAAAUCAUAAAAAGAUGGAUUACUGAUUACAUAAAAAAUCGUGGCAAAGAUAAAUUUUCAUUUAUUUGUAAUACAAGACCAUUAAAAAAAUUAAUAAAUAUUUUAUUUAGUGAAAGAAAACGAAAAUCAAAUAGAGGCUUUACAAUUAGUACUUUUAAAUAUUCAGAUUAUUCCCAUGUAGUAUUUACAGACGAAACAACAGAUCAAAAAGUUGUGGAAGGUGCUCUAUUGGCAACUAUUUCAUAUCCAUUGGGAUUUCCUUUUGUAAAUAUCUCUUCAAUGGGACUUUUUGCAACUGGUGGUUUUUUUGGAUUAAUAGAUAUAGAGUCUGGAAUCCGUAGAUGUAUUCAAAUGGGAAAAGCUAAAACAACUGCUGAUGUAGUUAUAGAUUUUAUAGCUGCUGAUGAUGAAAAAUUAUUACAUACAGAUCUACAAAUGACUGAAGAGGUUGCUAACAAAACAAGUAUAUUAAAAAUUGUUCGUCAAGUUUUUAAAUCUUUAAUUAUUACAAGGAGAUCAAGCAGUACAAUAUAUAAAUCACUCCAAAAUUUCCCAGAUAUAACACCUAGGCACUUCUUAUAUCCUACAAAUACUAGAAAUAUAUUGGGAAAAGCUCCUUACUUAUGGAACCAUGAAAAAUUUAAAGAUAUUGUUGAACAAGGAUUUUUUCAUGCAUAUGAAUCUCCAUUAUUAUUUCAGGAUAUACAAAAUAAUUGGACUAUACCAAAUUCAACUUUAUCUGUACCUCCAGAAAAAAAUUCACCAUCUUUAUUAUAUGAUAUAACACCUUUGUCUGGUAAAUCAUGUAGUCAGAAAUCUUGUGAAUUAUUAUCAUUUGAAGAUAGAAUUAAAAAUAUUUUGGAAUGUUCUGCUUAUAAGUUCUUCUAUUUAAAAAUAUGGACAAAUUCUGAUAUAAAAUUUAUAACUCGAUCAAUAUCACAUAAGAAAACAAUGGAACAUUGUCAAUAUAUUCUUAAAUAUAUUUUAGCAGCUAAAAAUUUUUAUCAUGAAGAUUUAGAUCAUGCAUGUAUAUAUAUUUUAUGUUCUGAGGAUAAUAUAUUUAAAAUCCUAGUGGAUACCAAUGAAAUUGAAAACCCUAAACAAACAUCAGAAUCUUCAGAUUCCUGUUUAAAAAGCUUAGAUAAAUUGGAAUUAUUUUUUGAUUUUAAUAUUCAACAUAUAAGUAACAGACUAAAGGAAAUUCAAUAUUUUGAUACCUGUAUUAAAUUAAGAAAUAAUGGAUCAAAAAGUCUUGAGAAAUUAAGAAAAGAUUUCCAAAUGGAUUAUCAGUUUAUUUUAAAUUAUAUUGCUCACAUUAAAGAUUUCAGAAAAUAUAUUGAAGACUAUCCAAAUGACUUAUGUGAUCAAAUUAAAUUACCACUUGACAGGAUAUUGAAACAAAAAGGUAUCUAUAGCAGGCAAUUAACAAAUAUUACAUCAAGAUUAUCCAUAAAUAUUACUCAGAAAGCUCUAGUAAUUAGAGAAAAACAAGAUCAUAUUAUUUUAGAAGUUUAUAUUUUAUUAUUGCAGCUUAUAACUGAGACAUUUCAUAGAUUACUUGAAAUAACUUCUGCAAGAAGAAUUGAAAUUUCUAAGCUUGCAUAA